GUUUACAUAGUUUGGACAUAUCAUGCAAACAUCUCUUCAAACUUGUAUUUUAUUCGCAGUAUCGUGUUGCGUUGAGAACCUCCAGCCUGGCAAGAAGAACGAUCAUGGCACUCGUGAUCGCGGUGGUGGACACCCCAGCUACCGUCAAGAGUAUGCUUGACAAGCUAGAUGGUCAAGGAUCAAAGUCGGCAGACAUUUUCUUCGAGGUGUCCAGCAGUGAACGCGCGACCGACCGGAUCAGCGUCUGCACAAUCUACAUGAAGUCCCACCAUGCGGCCUUCGUCUUAGACGUGAACACCUUGGGUUCUGGAGCUUUCUUCACUUCGAACACUGCCGGCGUGUCACUCAAGACAAUAUUCGCAGACGCAGACAUCGCCAAGGUCGUCUUCGAUGUUCGCAAGGUUGCCAGUGCCCUAUACGAGUCGUUCCAGCUCUCCUUGGCAGGCAUCAAGGAUGUCCAGUUGAUGGAACUUGCGUCAAGAGCCCACGGCAAACAGCGAUUAGCGACGCUGAGCAACUGCGUCAAGAAAGAAAGUAUCAACUUGGAUGUAAAAGACUGGGCCGAAGCAUCUCGUCUCGCAAAUGUCGUGGCCUCGCAGGCCCAGUACAAAUCUGGAGAGGCCUCUAUUCGGGGCCCAAUCAAGCUUGCGUCGUCUCUAUACGAUUUAUCGGCUGUCAGCUUUCUUCCACGUCUGUUCUCAGCAUACGAGCAGAAGCUCAGUCCACCCGGGCAAAAACUCUGGCGCGUGCAGCUCAAGUACACCAUUAUACGUCUAAUUGAGCAGGCCAAGACCAAAGCCUAUGAAACGCAAAAUGCGGACGGACCGUGGACGGAAGAUUAUCUCGAAGAGGCAACCGACUCGUGGAAUGAAGAUGUGAUGAUGUGCUCAUAUCACGGAUUAUCGUUUGAUGAAGAAAAUGGUUAUGAAGGGAUAUGACGAAGAUGACAUUGAUGGCUGAGAGGAUCCGCUCGAGCCUGGCCAAAUAGCAGGCUUGGAACGGAAUUGCCAAAUGGCUCGGGGCUACUUGGUCGGAAGCGGACAGAUGUCGAGUGACUGCAUGGUUAGCAGCAAGCAGAUCUUAGAAUUAUUGUCUGCUGUUUGGGUCUGACAAGAACAUACCUAGGAAGAAGUAGACGAUAUGAGCAGGCAAAUGAGUCAUGGUGUAUCAUUCUUCACUUCUUCGGAUUGUUUCAAAUCGAACCUGAUUUGCGCGAGUGC